AUGGAUGACCAACAAGAGCAGGAUUGUGCCUCAGAAGACCAAGAAACUAUCCUGAUUAAUGGGGUGAAAGAAAAUGAGUCGCACGCCCUGGACGGCGAUGAGAGGCCCUGCAGCGCCGCCGAGGCCGCGGCACCGUUCCCGGUGCUGAGCGCGGCUCCCAAGGAGGGCCCCGCGUGCCACCGCGCCCUGACGGCCAAGAAGCCCUGCCUGCUGAGCCCCCAGUCGCCGCUGCGCCUCACGGAUGUCCCCGAGCACGCCUCGGACGACUCCUCCGCCCACGCCAUCUCCCUCACGUCCUGCGUGACCAAGGGCAUGAGCUCCUGGUCGCUGCCGGGCGACUGCGAGAAGGCUCCUUUCACCAUGAUGGAGCCCGGGGGGAUGUCGGCGCUGACGGGAGACUGCCUGAUGCAGCCGAGCCGGACCUGUCUGGGCUGCUUUAUUGAAUCCAAGGACGGCAUUGAUGCGGAGCCGGGAAUAAGCUUGAAAGUGGGGGAUAUAAAUAGGGAUUAUGACACCUGUUCGGUCUCUGAUAUAGGGAUUCACUGCAUGAGCACAGGAGAAACCAUGAGAUAUGGGGAUCAACUGCUUUCAGACCAGCUUUUAAGCUUCCCUAUGCAUAAAUCGAGGGCAGCGGACAAAAGAGAUGCAGAAAAAUCUGACAGUGAUUCAGAGGACCCCACUCAGAAAAAUUAUUACGAGGGAUUACUAUUAGACAAAUGCAAUGGUGAGGAACCUUUGCUAACAAAUCCCAACCAGGAAUGGGGCUAUUUUGAAUCUUUCAUUAGUGAAAGUAAAAUUGAGCUGCUUGACCUCUGCUCCAAAAAUGAGCUUUCUGUAAAUCUGUUUUCUGAGGAAGACGUGGACAAUUACAUGUUCGAUGAUGACGAUUCCACCUUGGGAAGUGAUGUCUGCUCCCUAAAGAUUAGAUACGAAUCCUUCCAGGACAAUGUGCGGGAGAAGACCACCGCCCUACAAGAGGACGCCCAGUUCAACUUCUUCCCCAGCGUGUUCAGCAACUGCACCAAAAGGGACAGCAGGAGCACCCUGAAAAGGGGGCCCAGCGGUGCCACCGACCCUUCUCAAUUCAAAUCCGAGGAAGGCAUCAUCUGGGGGGAGGAGGAGGAGGACGGCGAGGAAGAGGACGGUGAGGAGGAGGAGAAAGCUGCCUUAAAUAAAUCUUGCAACAGCACAGAGAUGGUGCAGUACGUGGGCUCCAAGAGGAGCCACUUCUUGGACUCGGUGAAUUCCACGGAGGACUCCGGGGAGUUCAGCGACGACAGCACUUGCACGGAGUCCUCCUACGACGUGCUGCGGGACAUCAAGGACUGCAGCCGGUACCUGGCCCGGGACCACUCCGGCUCCUUCAUCCAGCAGAACUACGGGCUGCGGGCGAAGAGGAAAGUGCGAUACAGCGACGACUACCUGUACGAUGUGGACUCCAUCGAGAACGAGAAGAUCCUGGACAAGAAGGAGUGGCUCCCUGAUGGGCCCAAGGAGGAGGACGACGACGAGUGGUGCCCCAAGAAACGGCGAAAAGUCUCUCGCAAGGAGCCCCCCGUGAUCAUCAAGUACAUCAUCAUUAACAGGUUUAAAGGGGAGAAGCAUAUGCUGGUGAAGCUCAGCAAAGUGGAUGCCAACGAGACAACUGUUACUCUGAACGAGGAGCUGCUCAGCAAAUACAAGAAGCUGGCCCCACUGAAGGGCUUCUGGCAGGAGAGGCAGCAGAGCCGGCUGGAUUUGCUCAGAUCGUCUCUCUACCACAAGCAGAAUUUCUAUCUUAACGGCUCAGAUGCUUCGUUCCUCCCUCACCCACGGAAGCGAAAAUGCAAGCUAGCAAACAGGCACCGGAUUCAAAGAAUUAAAGCCAUCGAGCAAUCAGUGAACAAGCUGGGCUCUUGCUCCUCUGAUCACAAGCAGCCUUGCAGCAGUAAGGAGGACGUGGGCCUGAAAGGGCUGCCGGCGUUAGCCAUCGCCACCCCCAGCUGUGCCAACGGAUUACACGUCCAUGACAUCGCGGGCAUCGCCGUGAAAUGCAAACCGCAGGAGCGGGAGCACAAGGGGACGGAGCGGAAAGUGCUCCGCAGAAUCAAAUUCAAAAGUGAAGCCAGGUUGAAGUGCAAGAAGAUCAAAGCUGCCACCAGUACGGCAGAGGACUCCCCAGCACUGGAAAACCAGGACUCUGCAGCGCGUCUGAAGGACGAAAACAGCCCCUGUGCUUCAGACAGCUCCCAUCUCCCAGAGUGCCACGAGGAUAAGGUUGCUAAAAAUUCUCCUUUCCUACCAUCCACCUCCUCUUCAGACAAGCCUCUGCCAUCUGCUAAUAUCACCACCAAUGUACCCCUGAUCCCCGGAGGGUAUCUGCAGACGUUGUUAGAUGCUUCGGAUCUGUCGAGCAACACCGGUAUCCCAUACUUCGCCCAGCACCCCUCCGAGCAGCAGCAGCAGCAGCAGCAGCAGCAGCAGCAGCAGCAGCAGCACCCGCUCCCCAGCAUCGUCCCACCGGAAAAGCCCUUCCCGUCCCUGCAGCCGGCGCAGAGCUGCGUGCUCUCCCCGCCCUCCGAGUCGGAGCUGCAGCAGUCGCCCGGCCACUUGGAGAUGGAGCAGGGCGGCUUCGGCAGCAUGUGGCCGGCCAGCAAGGGCAGCGAGCGCCAGGACUUCCCCGGGGACAUGCCGGAGGCGGCCGGAAUGCCGAGCGAGUUUGCCCCGGGCACGGACGGCCUCCCCGCCUCUGGAUACACUCAAGUCAAUCUGAAUAGCGGCAAAUUGCUAUACCAAAAAAAUUACAUGCCGGAUAGCCAACAAGUGCAGUCUGAUGAUUCUUAUCAGUCAUGUCAUUUCAAUAAUGGAGAGGGGCGCUUUCAUUUCCAACGAGGUACACUCAGUACGGAUGAUGGCAGGCUCAUUAGUUUUGAUUCAGUGGGUUCAUUGUCAGUUAGUUCUAGCAAUUACAGUUCUUUAAGUUUAAAGUCUUGUGAAAAGGACGGCGAGGAUGAUAUUAAUGAUGAUUUCUUGGCCCACUGCAGUCCCAAGCUAGUGAUCCAGCAGAGCAUAGAUGAAAUCACCCCUUUGAAGGAGUCCACGGACCUUUUAGACAUUUCCAACUUCACGCCUGAUAGGUUCCGCCAGUCGUCGCUUUCGGAGAUGUCCCCUCCAGACACUCCCAACCUGUCCCCACAGAUAGCUGGCUCCGAUGCCAAGCCUCUGGGCACCCUGAAGGGCUUUCAGGAGAGCCCCCAGGCCUCCCUUAACAGCUCCGAGAAGGUCAAGUGGAACUGUGGGGUCCUGCAGACCGAGGAUCAGGCAGAUAAUGGGUUUGCUUUAAAUAAUCACCAGUUCCAGUUCCAUAUGUUCAACGAUGAAGAUUCUGUCAGCCUUCUCGAAAAGAGUCCAUGCUUGUCAACAUUUAAUGAGCCAUCUGGUCAAAUUAGCACCAAUAGCAAAGUGUCAAAAUCGAAGAGGAAAAGUUCAUCCAGCAAGAAUGUGGGUACAAACCAAAGCUCUUCCCAGAAAGCCACCCGGAAAAAAUCACCCAAAACCAACAAAGGAACCGAUAAGCCGCAAGGGAAAAACUCCAGGCAGGCACCCAAAUCCACCAGGAAAGGGAAAAAUGCAGCAGGAGUCAACGGCGAGAAGGCUCUGGCCGUUGGUGGCAGGGCGGUCACUCAGCUGGGCACCGUGGCCACGGCCACCAAGGGCGUGGCUGAGGGCACUCAGCACUGCAGCCCAGCAGGGGUGAAGCUGGGCAAGCACAAUGGGCUCUCUGGAGAGUGGGCACUGGGAAAAGAGGGGGGCACGGGCUGGUCGGAGGCCAGCCUGGGCAACGCCACCAGCCUCCUGGACGACGACCAGAGGGAGUUUGAGGAACCUUCCAACAUCCUGUCCAACAUCGCGUCGGGAAUGGCCGACGUCCAGAGGUUUAUGAUGGCCUCCAUUGAGCCCUUGUGGGGGCCUGUCGGCCACAACAGCGUUCCAGACAUAUUCCGGUCACCGGAGUCCAACAGCCUGAAACUGAAAACUCUUAAAAUUUUGGCAGGGACGUCCCAAGAGUCAAAGAAGAAGGCGAAUGGUGGCUCGCCGGGGGCAGCGAAGAACCACAAGUCAAACAACAAGGGCUCAAGCAAAAACAGCAAAGGCGUGACCUGCGACCCCGGUCGCCCCAACUGCUCCACCGGGUUCACCACGGACAUUCACACUCCCUUUUUUGAUAAAAACUAUAGUAACCUGAGCACUUUAGGCAAUAAUGGACCUACCCAUAAAAAACUCUACCGUCAUAAAUCCAGUUCAAAAUCACUGAGGGAUGAGAACUGUAAAAUCAAGCGGACGGACCGCGAACAGCCCCACAAGGACCCACCUGUGACAGCUGCUUUUGAGAAACUGAGGGAAUCAGACUCCAUUCUUCUUAAAGCAGAAACAGCAUUUUUGGGUUUUCCUGUAUUUGAAGAAGAGACUCCCUUUUCUAGAAAGACGGUUGAUGUUUGGUUCUUUUCUUACCCUUUUUUAUUUUUUUCUUCUUUUCGAAAUCUGCCUUGUGGUCUGUUGAAAUGUAAGUGCUGAAAUGAAGAGUUUGAAAUUGUGGGAAAUUUAUUAUUUGAAAGCAAACCUAAUCUGGUAUUCUCUGUGAAAGACUGUUUUAAAAGUCAUACUGUUGUACAGUAGUUUAUGCACUAUUACCCACAACAACAAAAAAUUGUGCCAAACUAUGAACAAGUGACUGUAUUGUAUAUAUUUUUACUUCUCUAUCAACAUUGGGUUGUGAGUGUUUUCUGCAGCUAUGCCUUUUGGUUUUACUAGAAACAUUCCAGUUGUUAAGUACUAACCACCCCCCUUCGAAAGCACCUGUAACUCACAAUGAAAAACAAUAUUGUUCACUGAUACAACUUACCAAAAGUUUUAUGGACAUGACUAAAAGUGUGCCAAAUUUACUUACCUCAUUUCAUGGAUUCACCCUGUGGUUUAAAGCUCAUAAAGGGAAAAAAAAAAAAAAAAAAGAAAAAAAAAAGAGAAAAAGGUAAAAAAAAAAGGGGGAAAAAAAAAAGAAAAAAAGGAACUUUGAAACCGAUGCUGGGAAAUGGUAACGUCCUCUCUUUGAAACCACGAGCAGAAAAACUUAACGGUGAAAUGUUGAGUUUCAUUAUAGGAGAGAGUUGCAAUGGUGGAGGAGUUCAGAAAACCACUGACGGUAAGUUUGCCAGGAACUCAAGUGUCUGCAUCUAGAGACUACAGAACAGCUGCUUUUCAAGUGUCUGUUUUCUUAAAGCAAAACCUGUAGCUGAAGAUCAUUUGAAAUGCAAAGUUACAUUGCUAAUUCUUUGUAUCUCAGUUUUAUAUAUUUUAUAAGAACCUGGGAUAAAUUCUGAAAUAGGUAUAAAAACAGAACUAAUACAUUUCAUACAUUGAGUGCUAUUUACUUUUCCUUUGAAUAGUUUCUUAAACAUUUUCGAUGCAGAGCCUGUCAGAAGCGCUCUCCCAUCAUAGCUUUGGUGUUUCCUCCGUGUCUAACCUUGCGAUGCCAAUAUAGUUUGAACUUUCAAAAGCAGAGUCAUUCAUUUAAAAUACAACUCCAAACCUUUUCUUUGAUUCCGUUCAUGAAACAAAUACAACCAACGGAGCUAUUUGUGAUCUCACCGAUCAGGGCCGGAUCAUGACUGGACUUUAAGACAGCGUUAAGUAUUGAAUGCUAAAUGUAUUCUCAAAAGGCCUUAUUUGUAACCCUCCUCACCACACCCUCGCCCUCCACGAGAAUAACGAACCCAACAAAGAUCUAUUUUCCUUGUGCAACUGAGAGCCUGUGCGUUUCGCUGCUGAUUUCUCAUGAAAAACCUUGAUAUGCAAGAGCCCUGGGAGCGAUUGGGAGCAGAGGGAUGCGAGGCUCGGACACCUUAUGCAAUAGCAGGCGGUGAGGAAGAGGAGCCUUUCUAGCAGUGGACAGAUCACAUUGCUGAUACGGCCACAGGCGUAGACGUGGUGUCACACAGAGGGCAGGACUGGGCUCAGGUUUCCUCCCAAGUCAGUUUUUUUCCACCCACGCUCCAGGCAAAGCAGCAGAAUUGGUUUAAGUUAAUUCAGCAGAAAAGCAGAGCAAUCACUUAAAAUCAAAGUGGAGAUGCAGAGUGUUAGUUUAGAAUUGUGUUUUCAGCUCUUACAGAUCUUGGGGUGCAGCUUAGCUCGGCUCUGCGAUCCCAGAGAGAACAGCUCGGUAGUUGCGUUGUGUUUUAUUUAACAGAUGAAAGGACGAACUCUGGAAAAAAAAAAAAAAGUAAUUAUAAAAAACAUGCUGUAAGUUCAUUUUUCCAUGGAAUAAACGCUGGCAUUGCCCCGAGUGAGUUGCUCUGGAUGAGAGUGGUCCCUGGUGCCCCAUGGCAUGCAGCGUCCCACCCCAGCUCUGGCUCCAGAAGGGAGAUCCAGAAGAUGCUCAGGAUUUACUCUGGAGGCAAGAGCUGUGGUAGGGCUCCAUCCCUGGGCUCUGGGCUGCCCUGCAGCCACCACGCUCUCCCCGCUUCCCCAGCAGCUCUCUUUUCUCUUCAUAGGCUCAUCAGAUACUACAAGCUCCAAACACUGCUGUGGUGUUGGCAUAUCCCAGUUUUUCAGCAUUCCCCCCAUGUGCUGCAGGAGAGGGGCUGGCAGCUUCCGUCUCUGGAUGUUCUGGCUGCUGCUCUUACACAGACAGGUCAGGCCCAGGGCUGGGAUGUGGCACAGACCUUCUUUCUGACCCAGAACCAUCAUUUGAAAGCACAUUUCACCUGGCCUGCACUGUGCUCCUUAUGCUUAACAUUAUGAGUAUGGGACUCGUAAUAAAACCCCUUGUACUGGAUGGGUUAGCAAUACUUUAUUGCAUUUGAGGAAUGUGCAAUAGGGCAUGAAGAUCAGGCAUAAAACAUAUCGACUGUUUUAUCCAUGAAUACCCAGCUGGGUGUUUCAGAACGGUGUUGAUCACAAAUUCCAGCUGCCUUGUUGCUCUCCUUCAGUCCUUCUACCAUUCCAGUUGUUGACAGCUUUGGUGGUCAUCCCAUGUCCUCCAAAAAUCCAGAGCUGGGGAGAUGUUAAAGAGCCUGGGCCCCUCAUGGUGCGGCACUGGCCUUUCCCUGUGUCUGAAAAGGUCAUCGCUCUGCUGCUUGACCCCAAAAUUCAGGAAUUGCCUUGAGCCAACCAUUUGCCCUCCUCCCUUUUGAUCUUUAUAGAGUAUUUGGGUGGGAAGGGAGCUUUGAAGGCCAUCUAGUCCAAUUCUCCUGCAAAAAGCAGGGACAUCUUCUACUAGACCAGGUUGCUCAGAGCCCUGUCCAACCUGACCUUGAAUGUUUCCAGGGAUGGGACAGCCACCAUCUCUCUGGACAACCUGUGCCAGUGUUUCACCACCCUCAUAAAAAAUUUCUCAAGUCCUUCUCGGCAGGGCUGCUCUAAAUCCCAUCAUUCCCCAGCCUGUGGAUCCCAGGGAUGGCCCCAUCCCAGGUGCAGCACAUCACAUUUGGCCUUGUUGAACCUUAGGAGGUUCCCCUGGGCCCACUUCUCGAGC